AUGUCAGCCUCGAUCAGAAGACCAAACCCUCAGCUCCCCGAUAGCGUGUUUAAGAUGUUCUCAAUGAGAAAUAAAGUUCUGAUUAUUACUGGCGCUGCCGGUGGGAUCGGAAGGGAGGUUUCCAGAGCGUUGGCCGAGGCCGGUGGUGACUGCGCCUUGUGGUACUUCAGAAACACAGAAGCUCUCGAGCUUGCGAAAGAGCUCGAACAAAAAUACAAGGUCAAAGCCAAAGCGUAUAAAGUAGAUGUCCGGGACUGGAAACAGGUAGUGGCCGCAACUAAAGAGGUUGUCAAGGACUUUGGCAAGUUAGAUGUGAUGAUUGCCAAUGCAGGUAUCCCAGCUACCGCCGGUCUUCUCAAGCUGACCUUUGAAGAGUGGGACAACAUUGUACAGACAGACUAUAAUGGAGUGUUCUACUGUGCUCGUGCGGCAGGAGAGAUUUUUGAAAAGCAGGGUCACGGUAAUUUGAUCACCACCGCCUCAAUGUCAGGGAGCAUUGUGAAUCUUCCUCAAGAGCAGGCCAAUUACAAUGCCAUCAAAGCGGCCGUAGUUCAUUUGACUAAGUGCUGUGCUGUUGAAUGGGCAGAGUUUGCUAGAGCCAACUCUGUGUCGCCCGGGUAUAUCGACACGCCCAUUUCUGCCAAAAUGACCGACCAGACUAAGGAGGAGUGGUUUAGGAGAACACCCAUGAGAAGAGAUGCAGAUCCCAGAGAGUUGAAGGGCAUAUAUUUGUACUUGGCCAGUGACGCCUCCACCUUCACUACAGGCAGCGACUUUAUCGUUGAUGGUGGCCACUGCUGCCCAUGA